UCGGCCGCGGGGCAUCCUUCGAUCGGGCCGCAAAUUUCAUUGUAAAACCGUCGGCUGCGAACUAACAGUGUUGGGCUGGAGCAGCUCCGCAAUGAAAGGAGGCGCUGGGGGGGAGCGGAGGGGCCGGAGCCACGGGGAGAGGCUGCGGGCCGGGCCCCGCUCCCGCCGGGAUGCGGCGGGGUCAGCGCCGGGGGGCGCGGCCGGCGGGGCGAGCACCCGGGCCUUCAGCGAAUUGAGGAGGCCGGUAGAGGACUGUGGAGAAGGAAAGUUUAUAACCAGCAGCGCCAGGAUGGACUUCCCUGCUACCCAACCAAAACCUGCUGCCGACGGUAAAAUCAUCUACUAUCCUCCUGGAGUGAAGGAGAUUACGGACAAAAUUACCAACGAUGAGGUGGUUAAACGGUUAAAGAUGGUGGUAAAAACAUUCAUGGAUAUGGACCAGGACUCAGAAGAUGAGAAGCAGCAGUAUCUCCCACUAGCCUUGCACCUUGCAUCUGAAUUCUUCCUCAGGAAUCCCAAUAAAGAUGUGCGCCUCCUUGUAGCAUGUUGCUUGGCUGAUAUCUUUCGUAUCUAUGCUCCUGAAGCUCCAUAUACUUCCCAUGACAAACUUAAGGACAUAUUCUUGUUUAUUACAAGACAAUUGAAAGGCUUGGAGGACACGAAGAGCCCUCAAUUUAACAGAUACUUUUACUUGUUAGAGAAUUUAGCUUGGGUUAAAUCUUACAACAUCUGCUUUGAGUUGGAAGAUUGCAAUGAAAUUUUUAUUCAACUUUUUAGGACUCUUUUUUCAGUUAUCAAUAAUAGCCACAACCAGAAGGUACAAAUGCAUAUGCUGGAUUUGAUGAGUUCUAUCAUCAUGGAAGGCGAUGGAGUAACUCAGGAGCUGCUGGACUCGAUUUUGAUUAACCUCAUUCCUGCACACAAGAACCUUAAUAAACAAGCAUUUGAUCUUGCAAAAGUCCUGUUGAAAAGGACCGUCCAGACCAUUGAACCUUGUAUUGCCAAUUUUUUUAAUCAGGUUCUGGUACUGGGAAAGUCUUCAGUAAGUGACUUAUCAGAACAUGUGUUUGACUUGAUACAAGAGCUUUUUGCCAUAGAUCCUCACUUACUGCUGUCUGUCAUGCCACAGCUUGAAUUCAAGCUGAAGAGCAAUGAUGGAGAAGAGCGUUUGGCUGUUGUUCGACUUUUGGCUAAACUCUUUGGCUCCAAAGAUUCUGAUCUGGCCACGCAAAAUCGACCUCUUUGGCAGUGCUUUCUUGGGCGGUUCAAUGAUAUCCAUGUCCCUGUGAGAUUAGAGAGUGUGAAAUUCGCCAGUCAUUGUUUAAUGAACCAUCCAGACUUAGCAAAGACCUUAACAGAAUAUUUGAAGGUUAGAUCACAUGACCCAGAAGCCAUUCGACAUGAUGUUAUUGUUACAAUUAUUACUGCAGGCAAGAGAGAUCUUUCUUUAGUCAAUGACCAGCUCCUUGGCUGUAGGGAAAGAACGCUAGACAAACGGUCCUACAAAAGGGUCUGCCUGGAAGUCUUCCUGCUUCUAGAGGCUUUGGUGAAGAUGUUAUUCAUGGCGAGUAAGAAAGAAGCUAUGAUGGGUCUUGCCCAGCUAUACAAGAAGUAUUGUCUUCAUGCGAGGCUGGAAAGAUGCUGCAGAGAAAGGAGCUGGAUAAGGAUAAACUUUGCACAUAUAUUAUCAAAAUAGCAUGAUGACAAAUUACUGGUAGAGAAAAUCUUUGCUCAAUAUCUUGUUCCACACAAUUUGGAAACGGAAGAGCGAAUGAAGUGCUUGUACUAUUUGUAUGCUAGCUUGGAUCCAAAUGCUGUCAAAGCACUGAAUGAGAUGUGGAAGUGCCAGAACAUGCUAAGGAGUCACGUACGAGAACUGCUAGACUUGCAUAAGCAGCCCACUUCAGAAGCAAACAGUGCUGCCAUGUUUGGAAAGCUGAUGACCAUAGCAAGUAAAAAACUUCCAGAUCCUGGAAAAGCACAAGAUUUUGUGAGAAUCAAUCAGGUUUUGGGUGAUGAUGAGAAACUUCGGUCCCAGCUUGAACUGUUAAUUAGCCCUACAUGUUCUUGCAAACAGGCAGAUGUCUGUGUGAGAGAGAUAGCCCGGAAACUUGCAAAUCCUAAGCAGCCAACAAAUCCUUUUCUGGAAAUGGUCAAAUUUCUUUUGGAAAGAAUUGCCCCUGUACAUAUUGACUCAGAAGCCAUUAGUGCACUAGUAAAACUAAUGAAUAAAUCCAUAGAGGGGACAGCUGAUGAUGAAGAGGAGGGUGUAAGUCCUGAUACUGCUAUUCGUGCAGGACUUGAACUUCUCAAGGUUCUGUCCUUUACACAUCCUACCUCGUUCCACUCUGCAGAGACCUAUGAGUCUCUGCUACAGUGCCUCAGGAUGGAAGAUGAUAAGGUAGCUGAGGCAGCCAUACAGAUUUUCAGAAACACGGGUCACAAAAUAGAAACAGACUUGCCACAGAUAAGAUCAACACUAAUUCCGAUUUUGCAUCAGAAAGCAAAAAGGGGCACUCCCCAUCAGGCAAAACAAGCUGUUCACUGUAUACAUGCCAUAUUUUCAAAUAAAGAAGUGCAGCUUGCACAGAUCUUUGAGCCUCUUAGUAGAAGUUUGAAUGCUGAUGUACCAGAACAACUUAUAACUCCCUUGGUCUCUUUGGGUCAUAUUUCUAUGUUGGCUCCAGACCAGUUUGCUUCUCCAAUGAAAUCCGUUGUUGCAAAUUUCAUUGUGAAAGAUCUUCUAAUGAAUGACAGGUCAACAGGUGAGAAAAAUGGAAAAUUGUGGUCUCCAGAUGAAGAAGUCUCUCCAGAAGUACUAGCAAAGGUGCAAGCAAUUAAACUUUUGGUGCGCUGGUUGUUGGGUAUGAAAAACAACCAGUCGAAAUCCGCAAAUUCCACACUCCGGUUAUUAUCAGCUAUGCUCGUCAGUGAAGGAGACUUGACAGAACAGAAGCGAAUCAGUAAAUCGGAUAUGUCUCGACUACGAUUAGCUGCUGGUAGUGCAAUAAUGAAACUUGCACAGGAACCCUGUUACCAUGAAAUAAUUACCCCAGAACAGUUCCAGCUCUGUGCACUUGUCAUUAAUGAUGAGUGCUACCAAGUGAGGCAGAUAUUUGCCCAGAAAUUGCAUAAGGCACUUGUGAAAUUACUGCUCCCUUUGGAAUAUAUGGCAAUCUUUGCUUUGUGUGCCAAAGACCCUGUGAGGAGAAGAGCACAUGCCAGGCAGUGCUCUCAAAACAUCAGUAUACGAAGAGAGUAUAUUAAGCAGAAUCCCAUGGCUAACGAAAAAUUGCUGUCCUUGCUGCCUGAAUAUGUGGUACCAUAUAUGAUUCACUUACUGGCACAUGAUCCAGAUUUCACAAAACCUCAGGAUGUUGAUCAGCUUCGUGAUGUCAAAGAGUGCCUGUGGUUCAUGCUUGAAGUUUUAAUGACAAAGAAUGAAAACAAUAGCCAUGCCUUCAUGAAAAAGAUGUCAGAAAACAUCAAGCUUACCCGAGAUGCUCAGUCUCCUGAUGAGCCAAAGGCCAAUGAAAAACUUUACACAGUAUGUGAUGUAGCACUAUGUGUAAUCAACAGCAAAAGUGCUUUGUGCAAUGCAGAUUCACCAAAGGACCCUGUAUUGCCAACUAAAUUUUUUACACAACCUGAAAAGGAUUUCUGCAAUGACAGGAAUUAUAUUUCAGAAGAGACAAGGGUUCUUCUUUUGACAGGAAAGCCAAAACCAACUGGUGUAUUAGGUACAGUAAACAAACCAUUAUCUGCAACUGGAAGAAGACCAUAUAUUAGAACUACAGGAUCAGAGACUGGAAGCAGUGUAAACUCUGAGCUGAGCGCUUCUGCAGGAAACAGGUCAAGGGAACAAAGUUCAGAUAUAUCAGAAACUGGGGUCAGUGAAAAUGAUGAAAAUCCUGUGAGAAUUAUUUCAGUCACACCAGCAAAGACAGAACCUGUGAAAAACAAGGAGAUUAAUUCUGAUCAGGCUACACAAGGAAACAGCACUGAACGUGGGAAAAAAAGAACAGCAACAGCAUCUGGAACUGAGAAUAUUCAUCAAAAAACAGAAGAAAAAAGUGUAGAUGAAACAGGCCCAUCGCUAGCAGCAAAAACCAGAAGAGGGCGACCAACCAAACCGGAACCUCAGGGUACCACUGCAAAAAACGAGGAAACAAACAAACCACCUGUCAGGGGAAGGAAGAGAGCAGCAGCCAAUCAAGAAAGUCCAGGGAGUUUAGAGGCAGGUAAUGCCAAAGCACCAAAACAGCAAGACACAGCGAAAAAGCCAGCGGCAGCACAGAGACAAAUUGAUCUACAGAGAAGCCAGGUGCUUGGAAGUGAUGGAGAUUCACUGUUGGAGAUAGACUCAAGUCCAGAAUACUCCCAAAAUGCAAUGGAUCUUUUUAAGGCCUGUGGGAGCAGCCAGGAAGAUACUGAGGAUACAGAGAUAGCAGAGGGAGGCUUCCUUAAGGUAAAAAGAAAACUUGCUCGAAAAGGGAGGAAAUGAAGGCCAAAUAAAGGCAUGCUCCAAGCUUCUGCAAAACUAGGAUUCAGAAAUUUCCUGUACAGGAACUGAAAUUACUUCAAAACACACAGCUUUCAGCUCUGAAACCAGAAGGAAAACUAUGCUUCCCUUUCACAUGAAAUUAAUCCUUCUCAAUGGAAAUGUAAAGCAGAAACUCUUGAGAAAGAGGCUAAAAGCAUCUGUACUUAUUUCCCCAGAGACUUUUUUUAUGAAAAGUCAAUAAUUAAGCAAAUUGCUUAACACUUGGUUCCAGUUCCUGCAUUCUGGAGUUUAAAAGUGUAUUUACACCAUUAAUUUUCAUGCUGCAUUUUUUUUUAAAGAAAGUCAGAGAAAGUCCUUACACUGACAUUGAAAAUUCAUGAUCCUAGAGCCAGGUAUUCCCAUGUUUCACAGAAAAGGUAGAAGUCUACUGAAUGGAUUUUAAACAAGACUAGAGUCAAAAAAAAAACACAAAAAAAUUUUUUUGCUUUACCUUUGGAGACUGUUUUAUGUAUAAUUCUUUCUGCCUGCCUACUUUUCUGCAAAAAUAAGAUGUACAGAUUUCAGUUCCCUGCUAUGAAAAGUCAUGUGGUGGCAAUUUUAUAAAUGUUGCUUUCUGAUUUUUAUCAGAGUGGGAAAGUAAUCACUUAAAAUUAUUAUUAAUUCGCAAGUAGACAUUUCAUUUUUUAAUUUCCCCCUCCAUUUUAGUUUAAUAUAAUUUGCAAUAAUUGUACAUAUUGAUGUUUGUUUUAUAAAAACAUAUAUCACUUUUAAGUGUUUUUACUCCUGCGGUUCUGUUGGAAUAUUCUAAAUUUUAAAGGAGUAAAGACAGUCCAGCAUUUGAUUUUAUAAUGUUUGUCACCAGAUUUUUAUUAUUGAUGUAAAGAAAAAAAAAUCAAUUUUUAAAAAUAGUUGGAUUUUGGCAGCUUUGUAAGGAAAGUUGGAAAUGUUUAGGAUUGCUCUCAAUUUUAAGCAUUGUGCUGAUUGGAAGUCUGUUUUGCAUUUUGUCUUCCUGUCCAGGCUCAUUUUUUAAUGUUUAUUUUAGAAGAUUGUUGCAUCAAUAUUAUGUUUCCUGGCAUUGUUCAGCAUAGAUACAGUGUACACUUUUAUGUACACAUGAUCAUAUUUAAGUUUGUUGCAUAAAAUAAACGCUUCUAGGUGUCACA